GUGGAGCAACUGCUACAGAGGUAAAUAUGAUUAACUUUACAUUCCAUCUCUCAUCUGCUCCCAAACUUAACAGCAGGUAAUCUGCUUCUAGCAAGUGGUGAAGGUAAGAGAAACAUCUGUAUAGGAGGCAAGAGAUCUGAGUCCUUUUGAAGGCCUAUCCUCUGCUCUGUAUCUCAAUUACUGUUCUUCAUUUCAAUUAUUCUUACCUACUAUUCAGUUCCCUUGAUCUUUUCUUCUUGGGGGCUGUCUUAGGGUCACGGAGAUUGCAGAAGCACCAGAACUAGGAGCAGCCCUGAGACAUGGGGAGUUGGAGCUGAAGGAGGAAUGGCAGGAUGAAGAAUUCCCUAGAUUGCUUCCUGAGGAGGCUGGCACUUCUGAAGAUCCUGAAGACCCUAAAGGAGAUUCACAGGCAGCUGCAGGUACCCCCAGCACUUUAGCCCUGUGUGGCCAGCGCCCCAUGCGCAAGCGUCUUUCUGCCCCAGAGUUGCGGCUGAGUCUGACUAAGGGGCCUGGAAAUGAUGGAGCUUCACCCACCCAGUCUGCACCUUCCUCUCCUGAUGGCAGUUCUGACCUGGAGAUAGACGAAUUGGAGACACCUUCAGACUCGGAGCAGCUGGACAGUGGACAUGAAUUUGAAUGGGAAGAUGAACUACCCCGGGCAGAGGGUCUGGGCACCAGUGAGACAGCUGAAAGGCUGGGCCGAGGUUGUAUGUGGGAUGUGACUGGAGAAGAUGGACAUCACUGGAGGGUGUUCCGAAUGGGACCACGGGAGCAGCGCGUAGACAUGACUGUCAUUGAGCCCUAUAAGAAAGUCCUGUCUCAUGGAGGUUACCAUGGUGAUGGCCUCAAUGCUGUCAUCCUUUUUGCUUCCUGUUAUCUACCCAGAAGCAGCAUCCCCAACUACACCUAUGUCAUGGAACACUUGUUUAGGUAUAUGGUGGGAACUCUGGAGCUGCUAGUAGCUGAAAAUUACCUGCUUGUUCAUUUGAGUGGAGGCACAAGCAGGGCCCAAGUUCCACCUCUAAGCUGGAUACGUCAGUGUUACCGUACCCUGGAUCGGCGGCUACGGAAAAACCUGCGAGCCCUGGUGGUUGUCCAUGCUACAUGGUAUGUGAAAGCAUUUCUGGCACUGCUUCGGCCCUUCAUCAGUUCCAAAUUCACACGAAAAAUCCGUUUUCUGGACAGCCUGGGGGAGCUGGCCCAACUCAUAUCCCUGGAUCAAGUCCACAUCCCUGAAGCUGUCAGACAGCUGGACCGGGAUCUCCAUGGCUCAGGAGGGACCUAGCACAGGACUGGAUAAAGGGCCUUAGAACCAGUUAGUGAUCUGCCUACACCCGAAUCCCUGAAACAUCUGAACUGUUUUGUAAAUCAUCUUAUCCCCAACCUCAGUACCACCGGAUCUUCACUUCUCAGUGGGAUUUUGUCCUUUGCAUGACCCUACUUUCAGCAGGGCUUUGAGGCUGGGAAACUGAUCUGCUGGGUGACUUUCAUUCCAGUUGCUGGGACGGAAGGCUGAAUGUAGGGUCAUUUUGUAUGGGAUAUGCAGAGCUCUGGGUUUUUUUGUUUUUUGAGACGGAGUCUCGCUCUGUCGCCAGGCUGGAGUGCAGUGGUGCGAUCUCGGCUCACUGCAACCUCCGCUUCCCGGUUCAAGCCAUUCUUCUGCCUCAGCCUCAGAGAGUAGCUGAGACUACCGGCGCACGCCACCACGCCCAGCUAAUUGUUUUGUAUUUUUAGUAGAGACGGGGUUUCACCAUGUUGGCCAGGAUGGUCUCGAUCUCUUGACCUCGUGAUCUGCCCGCCUCGGCCUCCCAAAGUGCCGAGAUUACAGGUGUGAGCCACCGCGCCCGGCCAGAGCUCUGGGUUUUAAUCCUACUUUAGCUGUAGAACCUUGGGCAAAUAACUUCAUCUUUUUGGGUCCUAAUUUUCCUCCUGUCUAACUGGAGGGACUGUGAUCCUUCCACCUUGGAUGGAAGAGGCUUACCUGACAGCCAGCCUGCCUGCUGGGAGCCAGGAGAGUCAGCUCAUUAAAUCUUGAAGAACCGCUGUAUGCCCUUUUUCCUUCUAAGUCAUGUCUGCUGCCUGUGAGCCUGGGAAGGAGUGCUUUCAAAACCUGUAUUUUUGCCCUCUUUAGUAAAUUUAGAACUGUAGAGGCUAAUAAACUGCGAUGAGACAUUUAAGCUCUGCUCCAAAGAAGUGAACGACUCUUUCACCACCCCUUGCAUCCCAAACCUUCGGUUCUGGCAGAGUUCUUGCCGCAGAGGUUCCUUAGGAGCACCCCGCGCGGCCCGCGCGAGCGCGCCUGCGCGUCGAA